AGCUGUCAAAACACAAAAUCGCAACUCAUUCUUCAGCUAGCAAGUAAUUUUUCCGGUUAAAUUUGUAAUUUAUCAUUAAAAUAUGGCUCUUGCUGACGUUUGUGGCUUCUCAACGAGUGAAGCCUUCCCUUCAUUUGGUUUCCAAACAAACGAUUUCCAACGCGAAAUGCUAAAUUCAACCUCAAACUUGGAAAACGGAAUGGUUCUUGCAGCUCCUCCAUUUCAAGAUCCCAUGCAAGGCCUCGCCCAACUCCAAGCGAGCGGCGAAAAAGACGGAAUAAAGAUAGAUUUCGACCACGGAACAACAACUCUUGGUUUUCGCUUCCAAGGCGGAGUUAUUUUAGCAGUCGACUCUCGCGCAACUGGCGGACAAUUCAUCGGAUCGCAAUCAAUGAAGAAAAUUGUCGAAAUUAACGAGUAUUUGUUAGGAACCCUUGCUGGAGGCGCCGCUGACUGCGUUUAUUGGGAUCGUGUUCUCGCCAAAGAGUGUCGUCUCUUCGAAUUGCGCAACAAAGAGCGAAUUUCCGUUGCUGCUGCCUCAAAAAUCAUGAGCAACAUCGUUUACUAUUAUAAAGGAACUGGCUUGAGCAUGGGAAUGAUGUUAGCUGGUUACGACAAACGCGGACCCCAAUUGUACUAUAUCGACUCUGAAGGCACCCGAACCCCUGGCAAAGUAUUUUCCGUUGGUUCUGGCUCGAUUUACGCUUACGGCGUCUUAGAUUCGGGCUACAAAUGGAAUUUGACGGAUGAAGCAGCGCAAGAUUUGGGUCGCCGUGCGAUUUAUCACGCCACACAUCGCGAUGCCUACUCGGGAGGUAUCGUCCGUGUUUAUCACAUCAAGCCCUCCGGAUGGAUAAACAUCAGUAACGAAGAUUGCAUGGACUUGCACUUCAAAUAUCAGGAUGAAAAGAAACAACGUUUAGGUUUAUCUGCUUAAUAAGUGGGCUGUCAUGAGUUUUUUAUUACGAAAAAUUAAAAAAAAAUGUUCUCUUA